AUGGAGACCUUCACAAAUAUAAAAAGCAUAGCAGUCAUCGGUGCUGGGCCUACUGGGUUGGCGGCGGUGAAGUAUCUCAAAGCCGAGAACGCAUUCGAUAGAAUCGUGGUAUUCGAGCAACGCCAUGAAGUCGGCGGCGUGUGGAACUAUACUGGCGACAGCUUCCAGCAACAUCAGUCUGACCUCACCAUUCCAAGGACAAAACUAGCCGAGUCGGUGGAACAACCGGUAUUGAUUCGCACCGCUACGGGUGCGGCAAAUCAUGUCUUCCCAUCUCCCAUAUACGAGUCUCUUGAAACGAACAUUCCGCACACCUUGAUGAAUUAUAGCGACCAACCUUUCCCGACAGACUGUCCACUGUUUCCGCCUCAUAGAGUUGUCAAGCAGUAUCUUGAAGAAUACGCGGACGAUAUAAGAGGUCACCUGAAACUCGAAACCCAAAUUACACAAGUACGCCUUGUCCGUGAUGAUGGCGCUCGCAACACGAAAUGGGCGAUACGCUACUUCGACAUGGCUUCAGGGACGAGCUGCGAAGAGAACUUCGAUGCAGUUGUUUGUGCCAGCGGUCAUUAUUCAGAUCCCUUCGUCCCAGAAAUACCAGGAAUUUCUGAGUUCAAUGGGAAGUAUCCGGGGGUGAUAUCGCACUCGAAAUACUACCGAAAUCCAGGGCCGUAUGCAGACAAGAAAGUUAUUGUCGUGGGUAACUCAGCGUCAGGCUUAGAUAUAUCGAGACAGAUAAGCACCGUCGCUGCCCAAGUUAUCGUUUCGGAGAAAAAGAAGCCAACAACGCUGCACAACGACUUGGAAUCCAUUGCAUAUCGUCCAGAGAUCGCCGAAUUCUUUGCCGACAGUAGAACCGUAUGCUUCAUCAACGGCGACACUGUGGCGAAUAUCGACAACAUCAUCUUCUGCACGGGCUACCAGUACUCUUUCCCUUUCCUGAAAGACUUAGAUCCACCCGUAGCCACAACGGGGGAACGAACAAGGAACGUCUAUCAACACAUUUUCUAUAACCUUGAACCCACGCUGGCGUUCCUGGCACUACCUCAGCGUAUUGUUCCCUUUCCGGUCGCUGAAGCGCAGGCAGCGUACGUUGCCCGGGUGUUCUCUGGACGUUUGGUUUUACCGACGCUAGCAGAAAUGAAAGCCUAG